AUGUUUUCUAUCCGGAGCUAAAUUGGCCCAAUUCGUCCUAACCCGGCCGACACCGAUCACCGCGGACGAGCAUAAACUCAACGACAACCUUAAUCAAGGCGCUGGGAUAGCCUUCCCUGUGUCCCCCCAUUAAGACCCUUAGGCGACGGCGGGAUGGCGGCGGAACUGGGGCAACAGACGGUGGAGUUUUCUAACCUCGUCCGGCGAGCGGCAGAGGAGUCUUAUCUCUCUUUGAAGGAGCUCGUAGAGACGCAUAAGUCACCCCAGGAGCGAUCCGACUCUGAGAAGAAGAUUGACCUCCUCAAGUUCAUUGUCAAGACUCGCCAGCGCAUGCUAAGACUCCACGUCCUCUCCAAAUGGUGCCUUCAGGUUCCUUUGAUUCAAUACUGUCAACAACUCUCAGCAACUCUUUCUAGCCAUGAUACAUGCUUCACCCAAACUGCCGAUUCAUUGUUCUACAUGCAUGACAGUCUACAACAAGCAAGAGCCCCAAUAUUUGAUGUUCCAUCUGCUGUAGAGGUCCUUCUUACAGGUGGGUACAAUCGGCUUCCAAAAUGCAUAGAAGAUUUGGGCUUUCAGCCUGCUCUUUCCGAUGAUCUGCAAAAACCUGCUUUGAAGAAACUGGAAAUGGUCUUACGUUCCAAGCUUCUUGAUGCAUCUAUUCCUAAGGAAAUUUCUGAGGUUAAAAUUUCCAAUGGUACUGCCGUUCUUAUUGUUGAUGGAGAAUUUAAGGUUUUUCUUACAUUGGGUUACCGUGGACAUCUCUCUUUGUGGAGGAUAUUGCAUUUGGAGUUGCUUGUGGGUGAAAAAGGGGAUCCAAUUAAACUUGAGGAAACUCGACGUUAUGUGCUUGGGGAUGAUUUGGAGCGGAGGAUGGCUGUAGCUGAGAAACCCUUCAUGAUUCUAUAUAAUAUCCUGCAUGAACUUUGUGUUUCCCUUGUUAUGGAUACCGUGCUAAGGCAAGUUAAAAUACUGCGCCAAGGCAGGUGGAAAGAUGCUAUACGGUUCGAGCUCAUCUCUGAUGGUAUUAGUGGACAUGGUGUGAACACCAGUGCUACACAAAUGGCUCAGGAUGCUGAAUUAGAUUCAACUACUCAGAAGAUCCCUGGUUUGAAAAUCAUCUACUGGUUGGAUUCGGUGAGGAACGCCGCAAUCUCUGAUUCUAGCUCCCUUCCUUUUAUCAAAAUUGAGCCUGCUCAAGAUCUACAGAUAAAGUGUUUGCACAGUACCUUUGUGUUCGAUCCGGUAACAGACAAGGAGGCAGAACUCUCAUUGCAAUUAAGCUGCAUUGAUGUGGAGAAACUUCUUCUCAGAGCCAUUGCGUGUAGCAGACAUACCCGUCUUCUUGAUAUCCAGAGAGAGUUGAGCAAAAAUGUUCACAUAUGUCAAUCUGCAGCCGAUGUUAUCCUUAAGCGUGAAGGUGAUGAUUCAGAUCCAUGCUCAAAGAAGAAAGACGGUGGUGGACCUCUUGUUCAUGAAUUUUGUGGGGAUGAAGUUUUGCAAGUACGAGCAUAUGGCUCAUCAUAUAUAAAACUUCGAAUAAACAUCAGGAAUGGCCGCUACCUUCUUUACUGCUCUAAAAACAUCCUCGCAACAUCUGCUUUGUUAGAAUGUGAGGAAGCUUUAAACCUGGGAACUGUGACUGCGACUGAAGUUUUUAUAAGCUUGAGAAGCAAAAGUAUUUUGCAUUUAUUUGCUUCUAUCGGAAGAUCUUUGGGACUUAAGGUUUAUGAAAACUGCCUGGCUUCUCUGAAGAUUCCAAAAUCUAUUUUGCAUGGUUCAGAUUUAUUAUUGAUGGGGUUUCCACAAUCUGGAAACUCAUAUUUUUUGUUGAUGCAGCUUGAUAAGGAUUUUAGACCUCUUUUUAAUUUACUAGAAACUCAACCUGAUACGGGUGGAAAGUCACAGUCAGUCAGUAACAUCAAUCAUGUUAUUCGCUUUAAUAAAAUUGACAUUGGUCAGAUGCAGAUGGUUGAUGAUGAUUUGAAUUUAAGCCUUCUAAACUGGGAGAAGAUAAGCACCCUGCCAAACUUAGCAACUUUGAAUCAACUUUCUAAAAAUGCUCUUCCAGAGUUAGGGUUGGAGCAUGCGUUGCAGCUUCCUGACUGUUCUCAAUCAAGUUUUUCAUCUAUUGUGGACGAAGUGUUUGAAUCUGAGAAAGAUGUAUUAGGAAACCAUCUUUCCAAUCAAAGUUUUUCCUCUUCAUAUGGUGUGCCAUCCUUUUCUCACUUGAAUUCUCUUUCUACUUUUGGUCAAGGAACAAUGGUUGGUGUUGGAACCCCUAAGUUGGAUGGUGGAAUCCAAAAUUCUCAAAGUAAUACCUUCAAUAAAGUUUCUUCUGGUUUGAAUGGUUCAUUUUAUCUAUCUGGUAAUGCUAAGGGUCAACUUAACAGUAACAGUUCAGCUAUGUUCACAAGCUCAAUGAGAAACCCUCCUUUUCAGAAACUUCCAUCUUCAAAAUCUGAACAGGAUUUGAGCUCUCUCAAGUCUCUGUAUUCUACUGAACUUAGUCAGUUUAAUGCUUUGGAUGAGGAUCAGACCAAAUUGAUAAACAGUUCUGGUUCUUCAUUAGUUGCGAAUAGAGCAGGGACAACUGUUUCUCGGGUCUCAGUACCUGUUAGCAGAAUGAAUGGUUCCAAAGGUUCUUCUUAUAGCCAUUUAGUUGGACAUUUGGGAAGUACCGGAUCAAGUUCAUUGACUGCUGCCCCCUCUUGUCAAGCUUCAGAAUCCGGAGCAUCCCAUGCCAUAGGGCUCAGGGCUAUUUCUAAACCGGAGAGAACGCCUCAUAAAAGAUCUCUUUCUGAGAUUUUAACCAUGAUACCAUCAUUCAAAGAGCUAGAGCAGGAUGAUCGACCAUGGAAGAGAAUGAGAACCUUAGAAUCUACUGAUUCAUUAGGACUAUCAGCUUUCCCAUCAUGCAGAUCUGGUGAGCACAUGUAUGGGAGUCUUCUUGCUGAAGCUAUCCAUGGUAAUGCUCCUUCAAACAUAUAUGUGUCUGUCCUCCUCCAUGUAAUUAGACAUUGUUCACUUUGUAUCAAGCACGCUAGACUAACUAGCCAGAUGGAAGCUCUUGACAUUCCAUAUGUUGAAGAAGUUGGUCUACGAGCUUCAUCUUUAAACUUGUGGUUCCGACUGCCACUUGCUCAGGAUGGCUCGUGGCAGCAUAUUUGUUUACGUCUAGGCAAACCUGGAAGCAUGUAUUGGGAUGUUAAAAUAAAAGACCAGCAUUUUCAGGAAUUAUGGGAACUUUGUAAGGGAAAUAAUAGUACAACAUGGUACCCUGGUGUUCGUAUUGCUAAUGCAUCUGAUGUUGAUUCACAUAUCCAUUAUGAUCCUGAAGGAGUGGUUUUGGGUUAUAAAACAGUUGAAGCUGAUAGCAUUGAGAGGCUUGUUUCAGAUUUAAGAAGGCUGUCUAAUGCACGUUUAUUUGCUCGUGGGAUGAGGAGGCUAAUUGGUGCCAGGGCAGAUGAUAAAUUAGAUGAUUUAACUGCAAGCUCUGACAAUAAUUUGCAAAUACAAAAAGCUGCUAAUGAGCCUGUUGACAAGUUAACCGAACAGAUGAGAAGAAUUUUCAAGAUUGAGGCUGUUGGUCUUAUGAGUUUAUGGUUUAGCUACGGCUCAGUGCCUUUUAUGGCACACUUUGUUGUUGAAUGGGAGGCUGGCAGGGAGGGCUGCACAAUGCAUGUUUCUCCGGAUCAUCUAUGGCCACAUACAAAGUUCUUGGAGGACUUCAUCAAUGGAGGUGAUGUUGCAUCAUUCUUGGAUUGCAUCAGGUUAACUGCAGGACCCUUGCUGGCUCUAGCUGCUGCUAUACCUCCUGCUAGGAUGUCUGGUCCUGUAUCUACUGGUCCCUCUCCCAUUUCAAAGCAAGGAAGUUAUUUGCCAUCACAGGGAUUUCUCCCUAAUUCAUCUAUAUCCAAUGUUGUUAUGCCUUUAUCUCCUGCAGCUUCAACUGGAACUUCCGUUGCACCUCCUCUUAGCAGUCACAAUAUUCACAAUGCAGCAACUCUGUCUGCUGCUGGAAGAUGUGUUUCAGGAAUUGUUCCCAGCUCACUGCUACCUAUUGAUGUCUCUGUGGUCUUGCGAGGCCCAUAUUGGAUUCGUAUCAUAUAUCGCAAGAGGUUUUCUGUUGAUAUGCGCUGCUUUGCUGGAGACCAGGUUUGGUUGCAACCAGCGACGCCACCAAAGGGAGGGCCUGCCUCAGGGGGUUCAUUACCCUGCCCACAGUUUAGGCCUUUUAUUAUGGAGCAUGUUGCUCAAGGCUUGAAUGCUUUGGAGCCCAAUUUUCCUGCGGUUACUCAUACUGGCGGGCAUUUGAGUUUAAGCAAUAGUCUGCAAAGUUCAGCUGCUCAGCCUCUGUCAGCUAAUGGCAAUCGUUCUAGUCCUGUUACUGGUGUUGGAAUGCCAAGACCUGUAACAAUUAUUGGAAACCAGAUGUCUGGCAACUUGAGUCGCGUCAGCAAUAGCAUGCUACCAACAUCUGGGAUGCCUUCAGGUAUAUCUGGGGUACCGAUGCGAAUAGCUCAAGGUACUGGAGUUCCUGUGCAUGUUAGAGGGGAACUGAAUACUGCUUUUAUUGGGCUUGGAGAUGAUGGAGGUUAUGGUGGUGGAUGGGUCCCUCUAGCAGCUCUUAAAAAGGUUUUACGUGGCAUUCUCAAGUAUCUUGGUGUCUUGUGGUUGUUUGCACAGUUGCCUAAUCUUCUGAAAGAGAUAUUGGGUUCAAUCCUAAAGGAUAAUGAAGGAGCACUGUUAAACUUGGAGCAAGAGCAACCAGCCUUACGCUUUUUUGUUGGCGGGUAUGUAUUUGCUGUAAGUGUCCAUAGGGUCCAGCUUCUUUUGCAAGUUUUGAGCGUGAAACGUUUCCACCAUCAACAGCAGCAGCAAACACAAACCAGCGCACAGGAAGAGUUUUCAGCAUCUGAAACUAAUGAAAUAUGUGACUACUUCAGCCGGCGUGUUGCUUCAGAGCCUUAUGAUGCUUCGAGGGUUGCAUCCUUCAUCACCCUCCUUACCUUGCCAAUUUCAGUUCUGCGAGAAUUUCUGAAGCUGAUUGCCUGGAAGAAAGGUUUAUCUCAGGUGCACGGUGGAGAAAUAGCUUCGGCGCAGAGAGCACGGAUCGAGUUGUGCUUGGAGAAUCACUUGGGGUCUUCUUUUAAUGAGAGCUCAGAGAAUUCAUCUGUGUCAAAAAGCAACAUUCAUCAUGACCGUGCCCACAGCGCCGUCGACUUCGCUCUUACUUUUGUCCUCGACCCAGUUCAUAUACCCUAUGUCAAUGCAGCUGGUGGAGCUGCUUGGUUGCCAUAUUGCGUCUCAGUGAGAUUAAAGUAUUCAUUUGGUGAGAACCCUCAUAUAUCGUUCCUUAGAAUGGAUGGAAGCCAUGGUGGCAGAGCUUGCUGGUCCCGUGUUGAUGACUGGGAGAAAUGCAAGCAGAAGUUAGCAAAGGCGGUGGAUUAUGCUAAUGGAAAUUCUCUGGGAGAUAUUAGCCAGGGAAGAUUGAGGCUGGUUGCUGAGUCACUUCAAAGAACGUUGCAGGCCUCAUUGCAACAGCUAAGAGAUGGCUCUGUUUCUUCUGGCUCCUCCUUGACAUAGAAGUUAGAGAUCUCACCAAUGGCUGAAUUCAUUCUAGACAUUGUACAGUGUAAAUUAACCAUCAUUGAAUGUCUUGUUAUAAGAACAGAGAAGCAUCGUACAUCAGGAAAGAUGCAUUAAAUUCACAAGAAAAAAAAGAUGGAAUGAUGAAAUCCCAGAGUCUACGACAAGCAUUGGCAGAGAAUUUUAUUGAUUC